AAGGUUGUCUCGCUGCUGCCGUCGGCGACCGAAAUCGUUCAGCUUGUCGUCGAUCAAUGUGACGAUGGGGCCGCCCCGGAGCUGGUGGGCAGGAGCCACGAGUGCGACUACCCCCCGGGCUUGGAGCACCUGCCGCCGCUCACCGCCGCCAAGACGCGGUGGACCGACUCGGCUGACGUGGACCGGCAGGUCCGGGCAGCGCUGGCCUCUGGCGCCGGCCUCUACACGGUCGACCGCGAGCAGCUGCAGCAGCUGCGGCCGGACACCAUCAUCACACAGUCGCUGUGCAGCGUGUGCAGCGUUGACUUCUGCAUGGUGGAAAGCAUCGCCGCCGGCAUCGAGCCGCCGCCGGCCAUCAUCAACCUCAACCCCGCCAACCUGCAAGAGGUGCUGGCUGACGUGGAGCGGGUGGGCGCCGAGCUGGGCCAGCCCGCGGCGGGGGCGGCGGCCGCCGCGCAGCUGCGGGCGCGGGUGGACGCCGCGCUGGCGCAGGUACCGGCUGCGGCUGGGGAAGCUAGUGGGGCAGGGGGGGGGCCAGCUCCCAGCGUGGCCUUUCUUGAGUGGGUGGCCCCCAUCUUUGUGGGCGGCCACUGGACGCCGCAGCUGAUCCACAUGGCUGGCGGCCGCCACCCGCUGAACCCGCCCAAGGAGGGCGGCGGCGCGGGCAAGUCGUUUGUGGCCACGCCGCAGCAGGUGGCGGGCAGCGGCGCAGACUGGGUGGUGGUGGCGCCUUGCGGCCUGGACCUGGCCACCACAUGCAAGGAGGUGGAGACGUCCCUGGCUGGGGAGCCAUGGUGGCGGGAGCUGGCGGCGGUCCAGGCGGGGCGUGUGGUGCUGGUGGACGGCAAUGCCAUGUUCAACCGCCCGGGGCCCCGCCUGGUGGAUGCUCUCGAGUUCCUGGUGGGCCUGCUGCACGGCAAGCCAGAA